AUUACAAUGGUCUUCCUCUCUAACGCUAUUUCAAAUGCCCGUCUCCAAGAAACCAACAACAAGGGUGAACUUCAUCACGAAUCUGUAGGUACCACUGUGUAUGGUACUCGAUGGGCUUCUCAAGAUAUCCCUAGAUUUGAAAUGCCUGAGGAGGAAAUGCCAUCCAAUGUUGCAUACCGUUUGAUCAAGGAUGAUUUAGCACUUGACGGCAACCCAGCUCUUAACCUCGCUACUUUUGUUACUACUUAUAUGGAAGAUGAAGCUGAAAAAUUGAUGGCUGAAAACCUUUCCAAGAAUUUUAUUGACUACGAGGAAUACCCUCAAAGUGUCGAGCUUUGUAACCGUUGUGUUAACAUGCUUGCUCGUCUUUACCAUGCUCCCAUGCACAGUGCUGAUGAAGAAUCGCUUGGCUGUUCUACUGUUGGAUCUUCUGAAGCUAUCAUCUUGGCUACUUUGGCCAUGAAGCGUCGUUGGCAAGAUGCUCGUAAAGCCAAGGGCCUGCCUAUCGAUAAGCCCAAUUUGGUCUUGGGUGCCAACUGUCAAGUCGCUUGGCACAAGGCCACUCGCUAUCUUGAAAUUGAAUCUCGAGAGGUUGAAUGUACUGAAGAGUGUCUCUACAUGGAUCCUCACAAGGCUGCUGAACUUGUGGAUGAAAACACUAUUGGUGUCUGUGCUAUUUUGGGUUCUACUUACACGGGUCAUUAUGAAGAUGUUCAGACACUCAAUACCUUAUUGGAGGCCAAAAACAAAGCCAAUGGAUGGGAUGUCAACAUCCAUGUGGACGCUGCAUCUGGUGGUAUGGUAGCUCCCUUUGUCAAUCCUGAUCUUGUUUGGGAUUUCAGAUUAAAUCGCGUUGUCUCCAUCAAUGUAUCUGGUCACAAGUAUGGUUUGACUUAUGCUGGCAUUGGUUUUGCUAUUUGGCGUAGUAAGGAAUACUUGCCUGAAUCCUUGAUCUUCAACAUCAACUAUCUUGGUAGUGAUCAAGCUUCUUUCACUCUCAACUUUAGUAAAGGUGCUGCUCAUAUCAUUGCACAAUACUAUAUUCUCAUUCGCUUGGGUCAAAGUGGUUUCAAGAAAAUCAUGGGUAACUUGACUGACACCGCUGACCAUUUAUCAGAAAGACUUUUGUCAACUGGUCGCUUUGAGAUCCUAAGUGAAACCAAUGGUCGUGGCUUGCCUCUUGUGGCUUUCCGUCUCAAGGGAGAACAGCACUAUGAUGAAUUUGAUCUGUCUACCAAAUUACGUGAACGUGGCUGGAUUGUUCCUGCUUACACAAUGGCCCCCAAGGUAGAACAUAUCAAGCUGCUCCGUGUUGUUAUUCGUGAAGACUUCUCUCGUUCUCGUUGUGAAAUUUUGGUCAAAGAUAUUGUGGCUGCUCUUCAUUUCUUGGACCACACAGAUCGAGAAGUUAUUAAUAACAAACGUAAACAUCAUCAAAAGCAUUCCCACAGCUCUCUUUAUGCUUCCAAUUCUAACAAGGCUGGAGUCAAGGCUUCCAAGAAAGCUGAACAUGAAGCCAAUGAAAAGACCGAAGAUAACAAGAAACCAGUUCAAGGCAUUUGUUAAUUUUAUUUAUUUUGUUUAAUAAACAAAAAAAAAAAAGUGCUUUAUAUACAAA